AUGGAGACAGCAGGCAGUAUUACCUCCUCGACGACAUCAACUUCCCACACUAUGACUGCCUCCCCGCCCAGCAAAGCCUCCGCCGCUAAGCUUAAUCAAAACGGCACAAAUGGAUCAAGCUCAAUUGAGGAUUUAAUAGCUGCGCUUGCCUCGACCAAUCGUCAUACUUUUAUUGCGCCUUCAUCGAAAAUACUCAAUACCAGUUCGGAUUUUUCAAAGGAGACAUUGGACAGCCUUGCAGGGAAAAUAGGAGAUGAGCAAGCUACAAGACUGAAAGAGCAGAGGAAAAAGAGAAAGAGGGGCGAUAGGGAUGAAGCUGAAGAAGAAGUGUUGAAGAUUAGAAAAAUACAUACCCAAGGUUUUGAGGCUCAGCAAGUUUUCGAACAGGCCAAGAGAGUUGUUGAUGCACUGAAAGGAGAGGUGGCAAGAGGUCUCGAAGAGCUCGGAAUUGGCGGAGAUGAGAGUGAAGAAAGUGAAGACGCUGGAGAGGAGGGGUCCGAUAUGAUGAAUUUUGAUGAGGAUGGAUUCGCAAUUGGUUCAGAUGUCGAAGGCGAGGAAGGCGAUGAGGACCUCCAAGAAAUGGAAGAGGAAUUUCACACGGACUCGGAGGACGAAAACGACGGCCAAGAUGACGGGGAGGCUUUCCAAGGGUUCGGAGAGGAAGAUGACGAAGAAGACGAAGAGGAGGAUGAGGAGGACGAAGCUGGAGUAUUUGUCGAGGAUCCAAAUAAACUCAACGACGGUUUCUUCUCAAUCGACGAGUUCAAUAAACAAACCGAAUUUCUCGAAAGGCAGGAUGCCUCAGCAGAUCCUUAUACUGGAGAAGCAAGUGACGAAGAGGAUAUUGACUGGGGCACCGAUCCAAUGUCUAUGCCAAUCAAAUCAGAUAAAGGAUCCAAACGUGCGAAAGCUAUGGAUGUUUCGGACGGAGAGGAUGACGAAGAAGAGGAUGGGCCAACAUUUGGCAACAUGGAUUUGAAUGCACCUGAAGGAGAUAGUGACGACGAUAAUGAUAUGGAUUUGGAUGAAGCUGCUGAUGUAGCCGAUGACAACACAAAUGACAUUCUCUACAAAGAUUUCUUCGAACCUCCGCCAAGAAAAAUCGGCAAAGGAGAACGACAAGCAAACUACCUUGAAAGACAAGCUAAAAAGGCAGCUAAAAAAGCACCUGAAGAAGAUGAAGCUGCUAUGGAACGAGCUAUGGCUGACGUCCGACGCGAUCUAUUUGACGACGAAGACGACGCCAACUCGGAAGAUGCACUCUCAGAUCUCGACCCCGGAGACCCUAAAUCUCGUCGUUCAGCCCACGAACGUCGCCAAGCCAAAAUCGGCGAAGAAAUCCGUCGUCUCGAAGCCGCAUCCGUCGCAAAACGUGACUGGACACUAGCAGGAGAAGCAAAGGCUCUCGAUCGACCCAUGAACUCCCUCUUGGAAGAAGACCUCGAUUUCGAACGUACCGGCAAACCCGUACCCGUCAUCACAGCCGAAGUGAGCGAAAGCAUCGAAGAACUCAUCAAGAGACGUAUUCUCGCCCAAGAAUUCGACGAAGUCAUUCGUCGUCGUCCUGAUUCGCUAACCCCUGCCAAUACCCGCCGCGGCCUCUUCGAACUCGACGAUUCGAAAAACCAACAGAGUCUCGCGGAAAUCUACGAGGAGGAACAUAUCAAAAGCACAAAUCCAGAUACUUACGUCAGCGCCACGGACGAAAAACUCCAGGCCCAAGAAAAAGAAGUCGAGAACCUCUGGAAGGAUAUCUGUGCUAAACUCGACGCUCUCAGUUCCUGGCACUACAAACCCAAACCCGCAGCACCGAGUCUCACCGUCGUGGGCGACGUCGCUACAAUCAGUAUGGAAGAUGCUCAGCCGUCUACAGCUUCUGGUAUCGCGGGAGCGGAAUCGAGAUUGGCGCCUCAGGAGAUCUAUAAGGCUGGACAGGUGGUCGAGGGCAUGAAGAAAGAUAAUAAAGAAAUUACACGAGGUGGCGCACCCGUUGCGCGAGAGGAGAUGAGCAGAGAGGAGAAAUUGAGGAGGAGGAGGAGGGAGAAGGAGAGGAUUAAGAAGAUGGGCGAGGGUGAGAAGGUGCUGAGUAAGAAGGCGAAGGAGAAGAAGGAUGUGGUGGGUGAGUUGAAGAGGGGUGGUGUCAAGGUUAUUGGAAAGAGAGGUGAGAUGAGGGAUGUAGAUGGGAAGAAAAUUAUGGCAAAUGAGGUUGUUACUGGUGGUGGUGGGUUUAAGUUGUAG